AUGCUUAUUGAAAAGGGGAAACAAUUUGGCGAAGAGCUAGGAAUUUCUGACUUCAGAUAUUCUACAGGAUGGUUGACGCGUUUUAAAGAACGCCAUGGCAUUUCAUCAAAAAUAAUAAGUGGAGAAAGCGCUGGUAUUGAUGUUAAUUUGAUUAAUGACGGCAGAAAAAAGGCAAUAGAAGUCAUGAAGAAUUAUGAUUUGAAAGACAUUUAUAACAUUGAUGAAACAGGUUUAUUUUACCGAUUGUUACCUGAUCGCUCUCUCUGCACGAAUGAACAUGUCAAGGGCACGAAAAAGGCAAAGGAUCGCAUUACUAUAACUCUUAUGUGCAAUGCAGAUGGAACUGACAAAUUGAAGCCACUCGUCAUCGGGAAAUCCUUACAACCUAGAUGUUUCAAAGAUUUCAAUUCUAAUCUGUAUGUGGAAUAUACAGCAAAUAAAAAGGCCUGGAUGGUUUCUUCUAUUUUCUGUGAGUUACUGAAGAAAUUUAACGCGCGCAUGCGACGAGAGAACAGGAAAGUCCUGCUUAUUAUGGAUAACGCACCUAGUCAUGCUGAGCCACUUUUAUCCAAUGUGCGGAUUCACUUUUUACCUCCGACCACUACCAGUCAUCUUCAGCCGCUUGAUGCCGGCAUUAUUCAGUGCUUCAAGAGUUAUUACCGUCAAAAGCAGUUAAAACAUCUUAUGCAGUGUAUUGAUGAGGGUCUACCACCGAUAGUUCCGCUUGACAAAGCCAUACGGUUCGUAAAACGAGCGUGGGACGAAGUUAGCCCAACAACAAUUCAAAACUGCUGGCGUCAUAGCGGUCUGACAGAGAUUCAGAACGAUCACAAUAGUCAAAUUGAUGACGACUCAAGAAACACCGAAUUUCCAGAUUUGUUGGCCGAGGCAUAUCGCCGACUAGACAUUGACGAUGAUAUGCGGCUAACAGUCGCAGAGUUUGUUGGACUUGACAAAAAUGUUGCCAGCUGCGAAACGCUAGCUGAUGACAUGAUCGUUGAAUCUAUCUCGCGAUCCGAUGAAACUACCACCUGUGCUGCCGAGUCCGAUGACGACGAAAGUGGGUCUAGUUUUCCAUCUGUUAAAGAAGCUAAAGCUGCGUCAGAAAUUGUCACUCGUUUCUGUGAGAGUUUUAACGACGAAGAUGUGUUGGAUAAAUGCUUUUUUAUUCAAGAAUUCAUUUUAAAUGCCUCCGUCGCGAGAUUAAAGCAAUCUACGUUGGAAAAUUAUUUGAAAUGA